UGGCACCCGUAGAAAUGACGAGGAAUGUGAUGAUGAUGUAAUAUGUGUGUGACUGCUGAAGUCAGCCUGUAGUCCACUCUCGUGCUUCUCCGUCAGGAUGAAAGAGCAUGCGGUUUACUGCGACUGUGAAGAAAAUAACAGCGCACACUAAAAGAUGAGAACGAGAGCAGCAAAAACAUGUCAUGUCAUCCGCCCAGGGACCCAGGUUAAAGACGUGAUCAUUAAACCUGAUGCUCCAAACACGCUCCUCCUAGACAAGCAUGCCGACUAUAUUGCAGUCUAUGGCUCCAAGAAGGAUGACUAUGAGUACACGCUGUCAGAGUACUUGAGAAUGAGUGGCAUCUACUGGGGUCUGACAGUGAUGGACCUGAUGGGUCAGCUGUCUCGAAUGAACCGCGAGGAGAUCAUAGAGUUCAUCAAGUCCUGCCAGCAUGACUGUGGAGGCAUCAGCGCCAGCAUCGCCCAUGACCCUCAUCUCCUCUACACCCUCAGUGCUGUACAGAUCCUGUCGUUGUAUGAUAGCAUUAAUGUCAUUGAUGUGGACAAAGUGGUGGACUAUGUUAAAGGACUGCAGCAGGAGGAUGGCUCAUUCGCAGGAGACAAAUGGGGAGAAAUAGAUACACGGUUUUCCUUUUGUGCGGUUGCGACGUUGGCACUACUGGGCAAGUUGGAUGAGAUCAACAUGGACAAGGCCGUUGAGUUUGUGCUGUCCUGUAUGAACUUUGAUGGUGGGUUUGGUUGUAGGCCUGGUUCAGAGUCCCAUGCUGGUCAGAUUUACUGCUGCACAGGUUUCUUGUCGAUCACUGGGCAGCUUCAUCAAGUAAAUGCGGAUCUGUUGGGUUGGUGGCUCUGUGAAAGACAGUUACCAUCAGGAGGCUUGAAUGGGAGACCAGAGAAACUGCCUGAUGUGUGCUAUUCCUGGUGGGUUCUUGCCUCUUUGAAGAUCAUAGGCAGAAUUCACUGGAUUGACAAAGCAAAACUGCGCAGUUUUAUUCUUGCUUGCCAGGAUGAAGAGACUGGAGGCUUCGCUGACAGGCCUGGAGACAUGGUGGAUCCUUUCCACACUCUGUUUGGUGUGGCUGGUCUGUCUUUGCUGGGAGAUGAGCAGAUCAAACCAGUGAACCCUGUGUUUUGCAUGCCUGAGGAUGUGCUUCAGAGGAUUGGCCUCCAACCAGACUUGCUGAGCUGAGUUGAAAUUUUCAGCAUGGCCAUUUUCCUCUUCUCCUACCCCUGCACAGCCAGCCGUUUUGAAACGGGCAAACCGUGGAAAGCUGUCAUCUUAAACUAACAAUCAGUGCACUGUUUAGAGGGACCAAGAACUUUAGAAAGCCCCUUAACAUUGUGUGCUUAUUACAGAGAAUUGUUCUCAUCAUUGUGUACGCACCGUAUUAACAUGCUUACUUUUGUUAGUAGGCUUUCUCUAUUUAAAGAUGCUGUUCAAAGAGGGACAUCUGCUAUUUACAGCUUUCACUGUGUAUUAAAACGUAACUUUAUUUAUAUGAGUAAUUCAGCAGGUCACUUUUUGGUGUCAACCAAAAGUGUUUAUUCAAUGAGGGGAGAGGUCGCUCACUCAUCUCUGAUGGCUUUUCCAAAGCGAGUAUGCGAGACUAAUAAAUGUACAUGUAACAUCAGACUUUAAGCACCAUAAACAUGUAUUUCAUGCAUGAGAUUAAUUUUUAUGUCCUCUUACUGUCAUUUGUUCACAUCAAUUGUCAAGGUUUUGUAGGUCCUCACAUCUCUCAAGCAUUUAUUGUGCAACCAUUUUAAAAGUCAUGUUUGCUUUGCAACUGCUGUUGUUUCUAAGGUUUGGGAGAGUUUUGCUUUUGUGCUAUGAAUGAAUUCUCUCACUCUGGCAUUUAUGCCAGUGUGUGAAGAUGCCUGUUGUUUGGGAUCUAAUAAAUGUGACUUUAAUAUAAAAAAAA